AUGGUUCGACUCACCCUUGAAACGUUUGCAGUGUCGGUGUGCUUGGCCAUUGUCGGCUUUGCACAACAAGUCCCGGUGGUUCAAACCACAGCAGGAAAGAUUGUAGGGAAAGCCCUCUCGGACACGACAUAUGCGUAUCUCAACGUCCCGUACGCUCAACCGCCCGUUGGACCGCUCCGAUUCCUUGCACCUCGGCCGAUUCUCACCCCUGAAACCGAGCGCAAUGGGACGAGAUUUGGCAAUUCGUGCAUCCAAAAUCCAGUCUCAACGCCAAUCUAUAGCGUCGAGAGUGAAGAUUGUCUUUAUCUCAACGUAUGGACGUCUCCACCUGCGGCGAACAAGCUCCGGCCUGUAUUUAUGUGGCUUUAUGGUGGCGCAUGGACUUCUGGCACUGCCAGUGGCUACUUCAAUGAUCUCACAAAGUGGGCAAAGGCGCGACCGGAUAUUGUCUUUGUGUCGAUAAACUAUCGGCUCAAUUUUUACGGUUAUGCCGAAUCACCUGCUCUCUCUUACAACGAUACUAAUGCUGGUCUACGCGAUCAACGAGCAGCCGUCGAAUGGGUGGCCGCAAACAUAGCAGCAUUUGGUGGUGAUCCUGCGCAUAUCGUUCUGGGUGGUCAGUCAGCGGGCUCAGCGAGUGUAGCCGAGUAUCUGUAUGCAUACCCGGAUCAACCGCUCCUCCGUGGUGCGAUUACAAUGAGUGGUCAGGCAGAUCUUGCAAAUAUUCUGUCUCAAGUGGAGGUCCCCAACUUAUCCGCGUCAGACGAGAAUCCUUUCCCAGUCAUUGCAACCUCGCUUGGAUGCCCCUUGAUCGAAGACAACUAUGCCGCUCAGCUCGACUGCGUCAGGACCAAGACGGCGGCUGAUAUUAGGCAGGCCAUAAGCACAAAUAAUAUAUCAAGAAUAUCUCCCUUUGUGGACAACCAAACUUUGUAUCCAUCUACUGAAUACAGGGCAAGAGGGGCGGCUGGAAGGUUUGCCAGCGUCCCAUUGUUAACCGGAACAACGGAGAACGAAGGGGACUUCUUCGUCAUUAACCGUACAACAAACACGCUCAACGAGACACGUUCGGAUUUGCUCACCCUUGCCGCAUUUAGAUGCUUGGAUGCGCAGCAAGCGAACUACUCAUCUAAAAAGGUUUCCACCUAUCGCUAUCGGUACAUGGGCGUCUUUCCGGUCCUCUCACCACCACCUCUUCGUUCGUGGCACGGGUCCGACCAGAUUGUCCUGUUCAAUAAUACGGCAGGCCUUCCUUUGUUGGCCGUUGAAUACAUGCAAGAGGCCUGGAGUGCGUUCAUCGUCAAACCCAAUGACGGAUUAUUAUCCAUAGGUUGGAAAAAGUAUCAAGGCUAUGGUACAAAGACGCUUGUGGACAUUUUUCGGAAUAGCACAGAUCUUGCGCACCCGAUUCAGCUUGAGAAUCCGACAUUGUUUGAUAUCAAGUGUGCAAUACUUGAACAAGGAGUAUAG